AGUAAUUUCAACUUCAGUUCAGGUCUAUCAACCCACCUUGUCCUCUCAUAAAUCCAAAGGUGUCAAGAAUAAUCAACCGAGUCAUCACUUAAACAACAGAAAAAAUGAUUAAACCACAGACAACUCUACUAUUUUUACUUCCUAUAUCUGCGUCUCUGGUGGCUAGUUUUCAACAAGGCCUGCCUUCUAAGGGAACUGCUCAGGUACCACUACGCUAUAUCGAGUGGGAGCAAGUUAUUGAAGACGGAUCUAUGGUCUACAAGGCGACGUCCGACAGACCGUUGGAAUGUUGCCCCUGUAGACCAGUAGGUUCUGGGCAAGGAGUUUCUGGACAGGACUUUCAGUACUGGGAUGGUAAAGGGCCGGGUGGAAGAGGUUCUGGACAAAGAGGGUCUGGACAAGGUGACCAGUUUUGGGAUGGUAAAGGACCAGGAGGAAGAGGUUCUGGUCUAGGAGGUUCUGGACAAGGCGACCAGUUCUGGGAUGGUAAAGGACCGGGUGGAAGAGGUUCUGGUCUAGGAGGUUCUGGACAAGGCGACCAGUUCUGGGAUGGUAAAGGACCGGGAGGAAGAGGUUCUGGUCUAGGAGGUUCUGGACAAGGCGACCAGUUCUGGGAUGGUAAAGGACCGGGUGGAAGAGGUUCUGGUCUAGGAGGUUCUGGACAAGGCGACCAGUUCUGGGAUGGUAAAGGACCGGGAGGAAGAGGUUCUGGUCUAGGAGGUUCUGGACAAGGCGACCAGUUCUGGGAUGGUAAAGGACCGGGAGGAAGAGGUUCUGGUCUAGGAGGUUCUGGACAAGGCGACCAGUUCUGGGAUGGUAAAGGACCAGGAGGAAGAGGUUCUGGACUAGGAGGUUCUGGACAAGGCGACCAGUUCUGGGAUGGCAAAGGACCGGGUGGAAGAGGUUCUGGAUUAGGAGGUUCUGGACAAGGUGAUCAGUUCUGGGAUGGCAAAGGACCGGGUGGAAGAGGUUCUGGAUUAGGAGGUUCUGGACAAGGUGAUCAGUUCUGGGAUGGUAAGGGACCGGGUGGAAGAGGUUCUGGACAAGGCGAUCAGUUCUGGGAUGGUAAAGGACCGGGUGGAAGAGGUUCUGGACUAGGAGGUUCUGGACAAGGCGAUCAGUUCUGGGAUGGUAAAGGCCCCAGUUCCAAGGGCCAGCAAGGUGGGACUAAAUGGCCAGGAAACCGUGCUUGCCCUGACUGGUGUUAUUAG